CCGCGGGCUUGCCGAGUUGGACCCGGCGACUAUUUUUCUAUUCCUAAUACUCCCGUUUCUUCUUCAUCCGUCAAUCCAAUUCGUUUAUAUAUUUGGAAAUCCCAAUCCCAAUCUCAAUCUCAAUCCCAAACGCAAACCCAUUUCCCUAUUCUCCAUUUCAAGCUAACACAAGAAAAGAACCAAUACCAAACCCAAAAACAGAGCUUCCCCUGCAUCCCUCUGUUUUCUUCUUCUUAGCUCUCUGUUUCUCUGUCUCUGCACUUUUCUCUCAUCAAUGGCAGGAACCAAUGGUUCGUCGUACGGUACAUCCUGGGCCGACCAGUGGGAUUCCGGGCCGGACCCUGUCUACCAUCCUGACCUCCAAAAGACCAACAACGGCGGCGGCGGCGGCGCGGCCAAGUACAAGCAGAAGGUGGGAGAAGGGCUGGGGAAGACCAAGACGGCGGCGUUGACAGGGAUGAAGAAGGUCAAGCAAGGCUCUUGUGUUGGGUUCCAUUGGAUCAAGGACAAGUACCAGAAGACCACCCAGAAACAUUGAUUUUACUUCCUGCAACCCACCAUUAGCAUCACCCGAUUCUUUCUCUGUUCAUAUUGCUACUCUGUUUUGUGGGAGUUUUUUUUUUUUUUUUUAGUUUUUACCUUCUUCUGAUGGCACGGACUCUGUUUUAUGUACCACAUAUAUUGGUUUGUUGAUAAUUGAUAUCACACUUAGUUUGUUGUUGAAUGAUUUUGUUAGCAAUCUUGUUCUACGAUUUUCGGGUCGAUUUGAUUGCCGAAUGGGAUGUUUACAUCUUCUCGGUUAGUAGAUUCGUGAUCAAUCAACUACAGAGCGCGAAAUGGAAUCCAGUAAUGAAGAAAACCAGGAAAU